GCCGCGAGUUUGCCUGUGUGCGCGGGCGAACCGUCUGCUUCCGCGGUGCUGGUUUUUUUUUCCAUUUUUUUCUUCUAGUUUCUGGUGACUAGCGGCGGUGCAGCCGUUUGAAGCCGAGCGCGCUUGCCCUGUCUGUAUUUACGAGGAGAGGGAAAUAUAAAGAUAAGCGGCGGCGGUGGGCAGGCCGUCACAACCCGCUCUGCGUGAUCCCCUGUCGUCCGCGCAUCGGCCGUGUAUGCAGCUGCGGGACGCGUUCCCCCUCGUUUUUUCCGCGUUUUCUUUUAUUUGCUCCGAUGCACCCUCGCUCUUCGGUUUCGGCCCGUGCAGCAGCAGCAGGCGACGCUUUUGUGCGGGCGCCAGUUCUGUUGCGUUUGAAUUUAACCGUUCUUAUGCCGUCACGUUCUACCGUCCGAACUCAGCAGAUGUUCGCGCGCGCCAGCCGCCGAGUUUGUUACCUGCUCGAUUGGCGUGCGUGGUUACAGUUCGAUGCUUCGCUCUGAAAGAAACGAAAACGGGAAUGUAUCUGCCUUCUGCUGAACGGAUCUCUUCGAUUGAAACUUAAAUGACAUGGAAAACUCGUUGCGGGUUUCGAAACGUGUACAAAACUGCUUUUCCUGCGGGGCAGAGAUGGGGGCACACAAGAACAGGCAUGGCUACCAGUUGAUUGACUGUGGCAACUUCCCCAUCUUCCAAGCGCCCUGCAACUGGAAGGCGAAGGAAGAGCUGGUGCUUCUGGAGGCCAUCGAGCAGUACGGCUUCGGCAACUGGGAGGAUGUGUCUCAGUGCCUGCCGGCUCGAAGCUGUGAAGAGGUACAAGAACACUACAACAGCCAUUACAUUGAGGGAAACAUUGGGAGAGCGACAUGGUCCACAGAUGUGUCGACUCAAAUCAAGGAUCACACAGUGCCUGAAGGAGGGCCGCUGUCGCCAAGCCUGAGCAGUCCGGUGGCCACAGUGGACAUCACAUCCACCGAGCAGCAGGAGCUUGGCUACAUGCCCUGUCGGGACGACUACGAGCGGGAGUAUGACAACGAGGCAGAGUCCCUGAUCAGCCAGCUGUCGAUGGGCGGCCCCGAUGAGGACGAGUUGGAGGUGGCCCUGAAGCUGGCUCAGGUGGACAUGUACUCGAGGCGGCUACGGGAACGACUGCGCCGCAAAGGGCUAGUGCGGGACUACCGCCUGCUUGAGCAAUUCUGCCACACGGGCCGGCCAGCCUCCAAGGCAAGCCCGGUGUCCCGAGGGAAGAAGCCUGCCCGUGAGGCUGACAAAGAGCUCCAGGAGAAGAUGCGCAUAUUCUGCCAGUUCCAGUCGGCCACGGAGCACGACCAGCUCCUGGAGAACCUCGAGAGGGAAAAAGAGCUCAAAGCCAGAAUCAAGGAGCUGCUGAGGUAUAGGCGGAAUGGCAUCACCAAGCUGGAUGAAUGCUCAGAAUUCGACGUUGCGAGGCAUCGCCGGGAAAAACGCAAGGAAGCGAAAAAGAAGUCUGCACCCGCCAGCUCCGUUCACAAAAAGCCCAUCUCAACGGCAUCAAAAAAAUACGAAGAAAAAGGAGGCGUCGACACUAUGCUAAGCGAACAAGGUGACACGAGGGAAGACUCCAAGGAGGCUACCGACAUCACCAGCUUGCCCGGCUACGAGCUACUCUCCGACAAGGAGAGAAAGCUGUGCCAGUCCAUUGGAAUCAGCCCUGCGUGCUACAUCACCUUUAAGACCGUAGUGCUGAAGGACCAAGCUCAGCGGCAGAAAGGCAGCACGGCUAAGUUCCGCUCCCCGGCGGGAAUGGACAGGUCGCACUGUCGGCGGAUCCUGAGCCACUUCGCCAACAGUGGUUGGAUUUCCGCUACUUGAUGCCGCCCCGCCCUAGUGACCAAGAGCGAUCAGCAGCAGGCUGCCGCCCCCUCCGCAACCGUCGACCCCGCCAGCUUGCAUCGGUAGCCACGGCACCAGUUGAGAGUGAUCUGGCUGAAAGCUUCCUUUGACUUGCCCCGUUGAAAAGUGCGGCGCUUCCGCCGUCAUAGAGAAUCGUCUUUUUGUUUCUUCAUGAAAUGGCCAGUGCUGGAUUCACUGGGCCAAAAGAAGCGAUGUGUGGAGUACUGCAUUGCAAAAAAGCAAGAUUCGCCCGUCAGCGUGUGGCGGCUCAGGUUUAUGUCUGCGCCUGGUGAUUGCUGUCCGGUGUGACCACUGUACAAGUGAACAUGGUCUGCCCGCGACGUGGAACGGUUGGUGCUCUUCCUGCGACUCCCACAAAACGGUGUGUGGCAAAUGUGGCCGACUUUUCCCUUGUCUGUAAAGCGGCAUGGGAAGCGUUGCAGAAGGGUGAUCCCUCCAGAAAGUGAAUUGGGCAAGCGUAGCAGUAGCCAACGUUACUCUUUGAAGAAGAGUUUGGGCGCAGCGCAGCUCUGCAAAGUCUGGAAUCCCCGUGAUUGCAAAAGAUGAAGUCGUCGGCAUGGUGGCAAGCAUGAUUGUAACUUCAACGUCCACACAGGAAAGAACACACUCCAUUCAGAGAAAGAGAGCCUCCGAAACACAAACUGGUGAAGAGUCAGCAUCCAUCUUUUUUAAAGAAAAGUGCCAGGAACUGUGAUCCCCGUGGUGCUCUUGUUCGUUUUUUUGUCUGUGUGUUUUCGUGUGCAUUUUUUUUUCUUUCCGAUGACGGCAAGGUUUGAAGUCUGUAAGAGUGUGUGAUCUGCUUACGAAGGAUGUUUUUUUGAACUGUGGUAAGAGUGAGUUUUCUUGUGAGAAGGAAUGGGUUCCUUUGUCAGUGGAAUGCAAGAUCUGUACGACUCGAGCGCAAACGCGCUGUUGUCUUUGCUUUCGAAAAAAGUUAUCAAUUAGGCGAAAAUGUGAGUGUUUGCGGUCUUGUUGCUGCACAAAAUUCAGCCUACUGUUGUAAACAUAACAUCUGUUCCAUUGUUGUGGGACCAAUAGCACAUAGACACUGGACACCACAUUGAGAGGCCAAGCGUGCCUUCUUUUUUUUUUAUCUCUCUCUCUCUGUCUUUAAGUCUCCAUUUCUCCUAAAUUACAAUUUGAAUUUAGCGCGCGCUUCCUCUCUGGGUUUUUUGUUUUCUUCACACUUCUAGUCUCUUUCGCUCUAGCAUUACUGUGAGGCGUUCUAAGGUUAAUUGCGUUAGUUAACCUGGAUAUUUCUCUUCUUCGACGGUGAAUAAAUUUGUUUUCCACUGCUCAGUUCAGAGAAGUUGUUCGUUUCGCACGGGCCAUUGCAGAUCGUCUGUCUCUGCGGUGCACCAUCUCUGAUUCCAUUGUUGGGGCACAGAUUUGGCUAGAAGUCCUACAGCUUGUUGCGUUCUGCCGGCUGUGCGUGAAGACUUUCACCGAAGUUUAGCGCAGAGCAGUACGUUUGUCUUUGGCGUAUACCUGUUUGCGAAAUCCUGGUGUGGUCCAAAUGUUUCCUCUAGGGUUCAGGUAGCUCCUUCAAAAAUACCUGUAGCAUUGGCUGUUGCAGCAACCCACAAUAGGGGGAAAAUCUUACUGUGCACGAAAGAAGCUGAAAAAGGGGUUCAGCAUGAUUUAAGACACAACUCUUAUCCCCACACUAUUAAAUGCCAUGGUUUGACUUCAGAAGUAAUCAAUCGCCAAGCUAUUGUUUAUUGGCUACACGGUUUCAAAGAAAACCGUGUAGCCAAUACAUGGUUUUGAACGCGAGGUCUUCUUUUCAAUAACUGCUCUUGUGAAUCCAGGAAGCAUUCUGUGCUUAAAGGCCCACUGCAACCAACUUUCACUUUGGCUAAAUUGGUAAUAAAUGAGUAUUCACUACUAGUACCUAUCUUGGCAAAGCUGCAAGGCUGGUAAUUGUCUAAUUUGCUUAAGAGCAUUUUAUUAGUGCUCAAGCAGACGAAGCUUGCACCUCGGGGUUAGCAACUAAGACGCAAGUCUCGGUACGUUGCCGUGGUGAUUUUUCACUGCGCCAUUGGCUUCCAUGGGUGGUGUCUAGUCUCGGAGGUGACGCUGGGUAGUCAUAUGAUCAGAGUUAUGUGGCACUUCUGGCGAGCAGUAAUAGCGGCACUUGUUCUCAGUUUCGGUAUCAAAAUGUCUAUUUAUGCAAGACUUUCAUGGUGCAUCUGUUCGUAUCAGGUGUAAAGGCUUGUACGUCGGCUGCUCUGUAUCUAUACUACAGUGCUGCCAACUUAGGGAAGUUUCUGUAGAUGUAGGGAGUUUCAGAAUUGCUUAGGGAAAGGGUGGAGUGGCCCAAAUCCUGCGAAAUUUCACAUUGAGACAUUGAAACAGUGGAAUGGCUGACGUGACGGCAUAUUUUGAUGUCAGCCAUUGCAAAUUGCCUUUGCGUUAGCAUGCAAAGUAUUAUUUUUCAGUGAAUGCAUCUUAUCAAGUAAAUGACAGGGUUAGGAUGCCCUGGCCCCUUAAACGAAGUACUGGUACUGUGAGUUUCCCGUUGGUACCUCUAGCUGUGCCGCCGAUGUCUAUGAACUUUGAAUUGAAUGUUUACCUGUAACUGGUGAAACAAACAUAUGCUGCAGCACCGAGCAAAGCAGCACACCAAAUCCAGGCUGAGUGGACACGCAUACCUAGUGCUAAGCAUGACAAGGCAGUCAGAGCGCUAAACCGCCAACGAAGCUUUCGGAUACUAAAAUUUACUGGGAGUCGGCCAUAGGCAGGGCAAUCUUAAGAGUCCCAGUAGUCAUGGGCUUGGGUGAGCUUUGCUUUGGAAAAAAGAAAAAAAUUGGCUAUCUGCGUGCUUUGCUGCAAUUGAGCAGCGAAGUAAGCGCGCAAGUUUGGUGGUGCUACACUGGUGCCCGGUAUGCGGAAGAGCUAAUUACACCUUUUACAUUAGCUUUGUGGAGUGGCCCACAUUGACAGUAUUGCAUUCUGUUGGGGAGUUUCGGCGCCCAACUUACCAUUCGAAUAAAUUUCCGUGUAAUCUUGGAACUUUAUCGUUGUCAAGACUUAUUUUGAAUGUAGUAUAACCUAUAACCAGAGUACAAAAGUGUAAAGUCUAAUUCUGGGAAUAUAGCUGAAACGGAUGGCAAUCACUGCGACGUCAUUUCAGUUCAGGUGCUGCGAGAUCAUUAUUUGAAUGCUUCAAAAUUUAUUUCUAAACUCGCUUUAGACUAUAAAGAUUAUUGCUGGAGUCAUAUUGAUAAAUUGAUCCAAAAUCACAUCUUACAAAAACCUUGGGAAAUUUUUUAUUCAAGGGUGAACUGGCUUCGGAAGUUUGCAGUACUGCUACGCUAUUGAAUCUAGACUUUAUACGUGUCCCAAAAUUUGUUGGGGUGGGCCUUUAAGAAUGCUUACCUGAGUUCCUGCUUAUAGGGCUAGUCUUGUGUACUGCGUCCACCGCGCUACAGAGGCUCAGCUCAACCUCUACCAUUCCGUAAAAGUUUGUUUCAUGCCCGUGGAGCACAUAUCUUGCAUCCAACUCAACUUCCUUUGUAUGUGUGUGGGGUUCCUGCCAGGAUCGCAGUUGUGAAAGGAGUACAAGUCAGGUGUGUUCUUUUACUGUAGUGUGGAAGCAGAGGUCGCUCUUUUGAAACGAAAGCGUAAGUUGUACAUAGUUGCACUUGUAAAUUUGCUAAUUGAAAAAAAAAAAAGAAAGUCUCUCAUUGCUCAUGUACAUAUACCACAUAGAUCAUCAUAUAGGCAAUUUUUUCCCCCUACAUUUGAGGUAACUGAUCUGAAAAGAAAGAUAUUUGCCAACAUUGUUACAUGUAAUAGAGGGUUUUAGUACUGUGUUUUUACUCCCCUGAGCAAAAGUGUAUGGACUGCCAACUACGAAAGUAACUUGUAAUGGACAACUGCAGUCCAUACUUGACACCACAACCUUUCUAGUGCACUCGUCAAUAUCAGUUUGUGUGCCUGAAUUACGAAUAAAUUCAGCUUUUCUUUUUUCCCAUUUGGUGCAAGCAGGGGAGGGGGGUCCAUAUACUUUUGCUUUUCGGCGUAUAUAUUACCAUUUCAGGGGAUACUGGAGAUAUAGACAAGAACAGAAA